GGAGUGGACACCGGUGACACUACAGAAAGUAAACAUAAGUGGACAGCUGUGUGUUGGUCUUGAGCACGUGACCCGCGAGUCGUGACCACCAGCGACUUGUGGUUUGUCUGACAGCCAACACUUGCUGCAAGCUACGGUGGCGGUGUGGCCUCGUUCUCCGCCCCGGUUACUAUUCACAGGUGUGUUCAACGUAGAUCAGGUGUCGUCAACGAUAAUUGGAACGAAAUCCAAGAAAGAAACGCGUCCACAAGCUGGUAGCCACACAAGCUGAACCCACCUGGUUAUUUUCUCGUUGUCGCCUGCUGAGAACUGUUUUGUUUGUCGUAACGACAUACUGAUUGUGAGAGCGCUUGUCGCGGAAGGACACGCGAGGUGGCGACAAUGUAGAGCCCCUGGACAGAGACUGACCACCAGUGGACAUUGGUCCUGCGGCGUGUUGGCAAAGCUCUAGAAACUGUGCUUUGAAGGUUCAAAUCUUGCUCUAGGCACAACCAAUGUUUUUCUGUGUCCACUGUUUACAGACUGAGAGACCAAACAACUUGUGGACGUAUUGUCUAUCAAGAGUAGUGACAACCGUCACCAACUGAUGUAUUGCUCGUUCGUCAAAGAGUCACACGGUGGUGUGUCCGAGGAGAUUCCUCUCGAUCAUCACAACCGUCACUUCCACUGAUGACGUCGUCAAGACAACUUACGGGCGCGUGCGCAAGCGUGUGUGCUGGCCUGCGCGUGCAGGGAUCUCUUCAUUAUCUUUUCUCUCAUCGGCCAUUUCCGAUAGCGAGGAAAUUUCAGCCCCGCUACCUUCAGUCAAGCGGCCACUUAACAGGUGAUAAGAAAGUCGUUACCUGCGUCGUUAUCAAACUCGUUGACAUUCUGCGAUAGGAACAGUUCCCGACAUUUCCGGUGCUGCUCAGAAAUCUUUUAUUCAAUCGACACCGACGUUGUGUGGAGAAAAGAAAUGUUGCACCGCAAAGGAAAUAAGAAAAAUCGUUGGAUGGAGAAAAAUUACGUGUAAGGUCAACAUUUGAACUUGGACAACAGCGAGAAGAAAGGUGCGUUUGAUUGCACAAGAAAUCGUGCUGAGGACGACGAUUAGGAGCUGACUGCCAGCUGAGCGGUGUUUAGUCUGUUCAAAUUAGCUUUCGUGGCCAGAAGGCCCUCGGCCAUGGAGCUCUACUUUCCCAAACCUUGGCUGUAACCCUGCAGAGUGGAGAUCUCAUGGGAUUGACUCUUACGCCGAGGCGAUCAUGCCGGGUCAAGGGUUACGUCAGUUACAACGGUAUCUUGCGAGAAAAGUUAAAGCUGACGUUGAGGAGGUUGUUUGUUAGUGUGGCUGCGCAUCCAGCAAGUGAGCGAACUCAGCUGCUAGCUGUUGGUAUGUGGAGUUGGUGGCUGUAGGGUCACACCGUUGUCUUGGAACCGCCGAGGUGUAGACAGUGUGGGUUCGAGGGCUGUAACCGCAGACAGUUGAAGGAAUUUCUCCUUUUCACAGUUACGUGAUAUGUGACGUGCUACGUCGUCCGUGAAUGAUUCUAGCGGCUUCGGGGGACUCUUUCAGUAAUGCCAGGUGGCAAUAAAAGUGUCUGGCAAUACAGAACUGGGGACAAGUUGUGGCAUGCAAGCAGAGAAGUGCUAACAUUUCAAAAACAAAACAACAAAACAACUGAAAUCGUAGAAAAGAGGUAAAGUUUUUAGUGAGUCAGAUUUUCCGAUGAGACAAGACAGAAUCUGGAUGUGAGACGAGGUCUUGAGAGGAGAAUCAGACCGGAACACUAUCAUGUGGAUCGCUUACAUUGCCACCAGCACGAGCAGGGGGUCCGAAUGGCGGCCUAUUAUCUUCCAAGCACAGGUGCGGUGCGGCAGUGUGUACGUGUCGUCAGAGGACAGCACGCAGGCCGUGACGCAGACGGUUGUAACGGCGACAUCAGUGGCGGAGAAGAAACGGCGAGCCAGCAAGUACACGGUGGCCAUCGGAACAUCACACGGCCAUGUUCAAGCUUUCUUGGAGGAUGCAGACAGCGUGUUGUCGGCCCUGGAUCAGUGCCAGGCGGAGGAGAAAUGUCUGAUGCUCAUCAAGCGACCCAAGGACACUGCUAGAAAGAUGUUGAAGAGUCACUCUUGGGCGAACCUGUCAGUGUCCGAGCCACAGCUUUUCCGACAGUUCAACGGGGUUAGCUUGGGCCAGACUGAGCCGGUGACACACCAGCCUUACAUGAUGAGGCGAUCCUCCGAUCAGCAGUCGGUGACGUCCUGCGAGACGGAUCGCUCCGAUGGUCGCCGAAGAUACGUCACUGCGCGUGGGAAAGAGAACUUGCGGCGCCAGGGACAGCGCUCUCUGUCGGACAGCACCAACGACAACUACCAGCUGCUCUCAGACGCGACCUCCGUGGCCUGUGACUACCACGCGGAUCGCAAAGGGGAGAGAAUCCGAGAACACAGUCGGCGUGAGAAGCUGUACCCUUCCAUUCCGGAAGACGAACAAGAGAUUAACAAUAACAAUAACAGCAGCAGCAACAACAACAACGGUUAUAACAAUAACAACAGCGUUCUAGGCAACAGCAAGAGCCACGGACUGGUGUAUCACAGUUGCAUGGACAUUACUCAAGCGUCUUUGCCGAGCAACGGUCACUCCGACUGGAGUAGGCAAGGCGGCAAGAGACAAACUCAGGAUCAAAGGAUGCAAGGGCAGGGUCAGCGCGAGCACAUCCCGCCUCAACGACAAGCUUUCAACGGAGUUCACGACCCUGGUGACCUCGACGAUGGGUCCAGGUCACAGUCGCUAGGCAAUCUGUCGACGGGGCUGACGCUGUCGUUGGUCGGGCAGCGGAAGCGGACAGCAUGCUGGACCUGUCGCUACCCGCCAGACACUCCCAUCCCCACCCUCACCCACACCCGCAUCCUACCAGCGCAGCUUCCAAGAACUGCAGGAGCGAGGGUUCGUUUCCCGCUAGGCUUCGCACCUCCGGAGACAGCGGAAGUGACAAUGUGCUCUCCCCUACCGACAGCUACCCGGAAGUGUUCUCGCCCAGGGAAGCGGGUACUUUCAACUACUCUGCGAUCCGGAGUCCGCCGCAGCCCAUUCAUAAUGGGAGUUACUCGUCCACCACUCAUCCUAGUCACAGAGGAGGUUACAGGAGCUACAACAACAGCCAUGCUUUCAGUCCUUCCAGAGAACAGACCACUACCCCGGGUGACCACCUUCUUCCACCCCAGAAACCGAAGCGGAGCUUGCCUCAGGUGCCAGCCGCUGAGACGUCGGAGAAAAUCAAGCGCUUCACGGAGAUCAUGCGGUCCCGGAUGUCCAUCAGCAGCAGCAGUAACGGCGGGCGCAGCACCGACAACUCCGUCAACUCGCAGACAUCCGUUACAUCACCGAGAACACCGACGUCACGCCACGCCUCCCUCGCCGACAAUGCCUCGGAUGUGGAGGUAUCUACCCUGCUAGAUGGGGGCCCUGGGGAGGGAGCGCACUCUCAUCCCAGCAGCAGACGACGAAGCGUGGGAGAGAGCAGCACCCGUCUCUGACCCCUGCCGCGCGGGUCAAGGACGGUGAAGGUCGGGGGAGGCUGCCACCACCUCAUCCACAUUCCGCUACAUGGUCGAGGCGUCCGUCCGUGGCGCAGGAGACGCCGCAGGGCUUCGCUGACCACAGCAGCAGUGAGUCCAACCAGACGCCGUUCACUUCGCACAGCCACUCCAGCACCAUGGACUCUGGCUACACCACCAACACGGAGGGGACGGUGACUCCGUGUCACAGCUCAGCCCGCCCCAUCCCUCUGUUCAUCGUCCUGCUGCUGAUGCCAGACCCAUUCCGGCUCCCCGGAACCCGGCCUUGGCCGCCGCGCGCAAGUACAACAGCCUGCAGAAUGUCAGCAACCUCCACCGACAUGGCAACAGCCUGCAACCGCAUCCCCAUCAGUUCCGCCAAAACGGCCACGAUGUCGUCAGCAGUGGGAGGGGUCCACCUGAUCCAGGUCCCAUGAGGGCUUUGCACACGGAUCUCACCUGCCUCCCGACGGACCACCGGCGGAGUUGGGAUCUCGCUCAGAACUUUAAGUCCCUGGACUUCAAGCCGGUCGCGGAAGGCUUUCACAGAGAGAGGCGGCCAAGCAGUCCCGAGGAGGUCGUGGUGAGACCGCAGGCUGUUGUCGUCAACACCGGCCCAAAGCAGGUGGAGGGAAGUGGUAUCGUGCUUAAGAACAGUGUCACUAAAAUAAAUGGCGUCGUCAAUGGCAACGAGGCUGCAGAGAGAGGAUCCGUCUCGGCCGACCGUGCGGAGCAGCGCCAGGUGAGUGAGCGGCACUCAGCCAACACCUUGCCUGGACACUGGAAGUACACCGCCUCGUCAACAACCAGCGAGAGCAGCAGCCAGAGGUCGAGGUCAGCGGCCCUUGUGGCGCCGCCUACAUUAUUUCAACUGUCGCAGAACUACGGACUGUGCUCUGUGAAACUGAACUUGCCGGUGGACACGACGGUGAAGGACAUCCUGACGCUGACCACGGUGCAGGUGGCGCUGCCUGGUAUGGCGGCGGAUGGUGGGCGGUCCUUACCGUCGGAAAGUCGACAGGUGCAGCUGGGAGGACCCGGAAGUGCUUUUCGGCCUGUGAGGACUAAGCACCCAGGCCACUAUAGGCAUGGCGGGGGUGGGCUCCCUGCAGGACAAGUGCAGCCAGCUGUGCGCCAUCGGGGACCUCAAAACGGGCGACAUCUUGGUAGAGCUCAACGGAUGGUAUUGCCUGAACUCGGACCACCAGAGCUUGCAGAGAGUGCUGGAGAACUGUCAGGGGGAGGUCACGCUCACCAUCGCACGCAGGAAGGAAGAAGCAGUCUUGCUCCGGGAACAGCAGUUAGAAGGCUGCUUGCAGUUUCUGGAGUCAGAGGUCACGAGGCUUAAGGAGGAAAUGUCAAAGAAGGAUUCCCGUAUCCAGGAGCUGUCUGCGAUGGCGGUGUGGAAGAAAGCAAGUGCUGGCUCCGACAGAGUUUUACUAGAACCGGACGAUGGCGCUUUCGUGAUCGGUGACAACGAGUUCGUGGUGUGACCCAGGUGUCAUGCAGUCAGUGUUGGUUUAUCUGGAAGACUAUAAGGACUGGGUGAAGGAGAUUCAGAAAUGGCACCAACUGCAGAGAACAUUCUAGUUGUGCUGCGAGCUGUUGCCGGGAGAGACAGACGCCAAAUCUGAACGAGUCUGUGUCUUCGGAAAAGUUCACAAGAAAGAGGGUGAGACUGACAGUGCUCCGACAGGUAAAACAAUGUCGUGACGUAUACUAGUCAGGAUAUUGAUGGAUGCUAGUCAGGAUAUAGCAGACACAGUGUGGACACUACUGCUGCCAGUGGCCAGGUCACGUGCCAAAUCCUGGGAUGUUGCUCAUCCUGGCAGUUCUUCUUGGGACAAGUUUCUGUGGGGCCCAGGGCCAUGCGAGUCUGAAGAUGCGAAAUGGACUUCACCUGGACGAGAGCGGGUUGUGGGCUGACAUGCCUCCAACAACUCACCUGACACGUGCCGUAAAGUACCAGUCACUUGCGUCACAUCCGCUUGACACUUGCUAGAACUUGCUACUCGUGCAUUUGACAUUAGGCAUGAACGCUGCACGUGUGCCAUCAUCGCUUAAGACCAUUUCGAGGAUUGAUAACAACCCGGGAUCUGGUGCUGUCUGACUGGUGCUUAAAGUGUUGUGUACGAUUUUUUACUGAAGAAAAUGCAGUGAGCAAUGAUCUUGAAGUAUUGCUGAACAGAACAUGUUGUCUUUAGAUGAAAAAAAUGUCUGUCAGCCGUUUGUUUGCCGAUUUUCUUUCUUAUGUCGAGUCUGUGUGUAUGCGAAUUCGUUUUCAUAUGGAUGUAUUAUAUAUGUUUUUGUGAUAUGGAUAGUGUGCGCUCGUGGGGCGUAGAACGAGGGGGUAAAAGGGUGAGGGGCGCCCUCUCAACAAAGACACUGAGGAGGCAAGAAUGUCAAGUCGUUUCCCGUCACCAUGGAGUUUGCCCCCUCCACAUCCCCACCCCAAAGCAUCUUCCUACGCCACUGCUCGUGGACAUGUAGAUGUGUGUGUGUGUGGUGGACGUGGUCUGUAUGUAGAAGUUCUAGACCACAACCGAAGUAUAUCGUUGGUGAGACAUUGUAAGUGUAUGGUGGUCACAGGGUGUGGCCAGACCUGCAACGUGCCGCACGCUGGGAGACGGUGGGGUAGAAGUGAAUUUGUCUUCCAACCCAAGUUGGUGCUUAAACAAUGUCACUGUUGCAUACCCAUGGUCACCCUAGGGUACAUAGUGUAGAACUGGCUUGAAACUGUUUCAAGCAGCUUUAUGAAACUGAAGUUAGUAAGAACAAGUACAGACUAGCAACAAAAAAUAAAUAAAUACGAAAAUAACUAUUUUAAAAAAUAGUUCGUAUGUACGGGUUCGUCUGGAGUUGGGAAUGAAAUAAUUUUCUGGAUUCUAGAAGGUAAAAGCAAAGUAGUAGUAACCGCUAACUGUUCAGGUGGAAAAGGUGGCACACGCGCGCUCAUUGUAUCUAAAGGUGAGCAGACGUGUGCGACCAAAGGAGCCUUAUCCCAGGGUUUAGGACUUUACUAACGACGAGUUCCAGUCAGCAGGCGUUUCAAUUAUUUUUUGUUGUCAACUACUUUUUGACACCUUGAUAUAGUGACCCUCGGAAAGUGACACCUGUCCAAGAGUCCUGGUAAUAGAGUGUGGUAGAUACUUUUCAUCGAUUCUUAUAAACUUGUUUUUGUACAAGAUAUAAAGAGUACGGAAAUUGUUCUGGGCUUUGGCUGUGACCUGUGAUGUAAUGAAAGAAAGCAGAGAGAGAGAGAGUGUGUGUGGGGUAAUUUUUAGCAAUGAAUCAGACUCAGCUUUGGCAACACUUAUAACAUUCGCUCUCAUUCCUUCACACGCGAAUUACACGACAGAAAUAUAUUUUUAAACAAAUUUGAACGCUGAGAAAUGUUUUACUAUGGUUAAGACAUAUUCCGAGGUGUGUAUUUCAAGCUGUGCAAAGAUUACGAUCAGUAACUAAUAUUCCUUAUGCUGAUGGAAUUAACUGCUUACACAAGUGUCAAAAUAAGAAAUACCGUCAUUUUUUUUUUUCAAGUUCCUAUAUAUCAUUUUAUACACGUUUCUAUCUCUAAACACACACACACCUGCAUUCAAUGCAAUACAAUAGCCAUGAUGCGUUCAGAAUAAACUUCAAAGUAUGGGUAAUGCCACUAACAGCAUUAUUUUACUAAUUUUCGAUGUAACAGCUUUAUUACUUAAGUCAGAUUAAAUGUCUUUACAUUUAAUUUUUCAUAGAAAUCAAAGAAGAGAAAUUUGUCUCUAAAAGUGCUUAAUCUUGUUUAUCUUCAAAUUUUAACCUUUAAAUUUCGCUGUUAUGUAGUGGGGCAGACCUGAAAUUAGCCCGUGUCAGGGGAGGUAGCUCUAGCAGCCUUCCUACUAAAAUGAAUAUCUGGAGUUGCGUCCCAUGAACUGCUUUAAUCGUCUAAACAUGCCUAAGUUAUUUCGUGUGCAGCAAGAUCAUUCAAUUUUUUUUUUUUUUAGUUUAAAUUCUAAAUUUAGAGUUUGCAAGUAAAAGUCAAGAAGUGGAUUCUCUAGAACCAGAAUAAUAUUUUAUGCAUUUAAUUUGGAUAUUUUACAGAAGAAAAUGAUCAUUGUCAUUGUAGUUAGCUAUCAAUCUGCUGGUCAACAAAUUCAUCAUUUGAACACGCUGCCCCAUUAACAAACGAUGGCAGCUAUCUAGAAAUGUCAAGUAAAAAGUAAAAAGAGUAACUACA